AUGGAUUCUGUUGUUUGUAUGCAGAUGGUAGAUAAAGAAUUACUUAAGAAGACAUCAAAUAAAUUAAUACAAGAGAAUAAAGGAAUACUUGCUAUAGACGAGAGUCCUAAAUCAAUGGAAAGUAAAUUUAGUAAGGUAAAUAUUGAAAAUACAGCAGAAAACAGAAGAAGGUACAGAGAAGUACUUCUGACAGCACCGCAUGAAAUAGGGAAGUAUUUAGGUGGGGUUAUUUUAAAUGAAGAAACCUUUACACAGGAAGAUAGCCAGGGUGUCCCAUUUAUUCAGCAUAUAACACAGGCUGGGAUAUGUGCUGGUGUGAAAUUAGAUAAAGGAUUACUCCCACUGAGUAAUUCUGAUGAGAAAGUGAGUACUGGAUUGGAUGGGUUGAAUGACAGGUGUAAACAGUACAAAGAUAAAGGUGCAUUAUUUGCUAAGUGGAGGUCUGUGUUUAGCAUAGACCAAGGGAAACCUUCUGAUGAGUGUGUAUACAAGAACUGUGAAAUACUUGCUGAGUACGCUGUUAUUUGUCAGAAGAAUUCUUUAGUUCCUGUUGUAGAACCAGAAGUACUUUUCUCUGGUGGGCAUACAGCAGAAGAGUGUGGUUCAGUGACUUCUCAAGUUAUUUCCUGUUUGUUUUACCAUUUGAACAAGAAAGGGGCGUACAUCCCUGGAGUGCUUUUAAAAGUAGGGUUUGUUACUUCUGGCGCAAACCUACAGGAAGAAAGCGUGGAUGAAGUGGCUAGUGGGACUAUUAAGUCAUUUAUGUCAUCUAUUCCACCUGCACUCCCUGGGAUUGUUUUUUUAAGUGGGGGACAUUCUGAAGACCUUUCUGUGGCGUACCUCCAGGGAGUGUCUGCUGCUGGUGCUAAAGAAAAUGCACCGUGGGCUGUAUCAUACUCCUUUGGAAGGGCAUUACAAGACGGGGUUCUUGAACUGUGGGAUAAUAAAGAUGAGAAUAAGGAGAAGGCACAGGAUCUUCUUGUUGAAAGGGCACGAAUUUGCUCUUCUGCUGUUAUGCAGAAGUGAAUGACCGUU